UUAAUUAUCGAUAUUUUAUACGGUUCGUUUUUAUUGAUGUUCCGGACAGCUUGUUUUUAAGUCGCAUUUUUUGACUGCUGAUUUAAUAUCAAGGAAGUAAUGACGCUGUAAAUAAUAAUACUGUAAAAGCAGUUUUUAUACAAUAUACAUUAAAAUUCGACUUUAGAAUCAAAAAUCAUAAUUCACGUUAACAUAAAGAAGAUAGUUUUCCAACUCGUGAGCACGCCAUGUAUUUUUGGCUGUGUAAAAAACAUAGCAGUUCCAAUUUUAUGCCAUACAUUUCUAGCGACUAUCCUUGUGUACUGAUGAUUGCCAUCUCAAAUGCAAUUUUUACUGGAAACGGAAUCCGUGUGAACCGAAAUGGCAAAUCGAUAGAACUCAAAGGAACUCGUAGAAUCAAGCAUUUUGCCACCUUGUAUUCGAUAGGUGCAUCACAAUCAGUUGGGUUCCAUUACACAGUUUCGGCGCAUGAAGAUUGCGAAACAUAAUAACGACAGAUCUAACUUUGAGACGCAAAUAGUGCGGGGCAAACCAAUCCUCCAAAGAAUUUAGAAAUUCCACUGGAUAAUUCACGGCGUCGUCUUUUGAAUUUUCCAGUUUAAGUCAACAACAUCGGUAUUUUUGGCAGCUAACAUUGCGCGUGCACUUAAGGAAUCGCAGUUACGAAAAUUUGGCUAAUGUUCGGAUAAACAUUCGUGAUGAGUUCAUCUGUCGUGAAUCGAUAAACGGCAGAUGGAAUUGAUAUCAAACCAACGGAAGUAUCAGCCGGAAUUGAUCCCUUUCCAAUUUUUAGUGAAGACGAUGUAAAAUGUCUUCGGCAAUGUCAUUUUUGUUCGUAUCCCAUAAUAGAUAUGUCGAUAUGUCGAAAUGAUUAUCGCGAAAAGUCCGCGAACUUCAUUUGCAUUCCAGUGCUUAUCAUUUUCCAGCAAUUGUAAUUGCUGGCUUGCUUUUCAAAAAGUUGCACACACCGUAUCAGUAUGCAAUGACUCAAAUGAAGUGGAACCGCGCACAUUAAUCAAUAGCAACCGAAGGUAGAAACAAUCGUCAUUUUUCGGAUGGAUUGUGUAAAUUCUUCCUAAUGUAUUAGUUGAUAACACACCUGGAUGUCCAUCUACUGGUUGGCCUUGCUUUCUGUGUUAAAAUACAAUCGAUUAAAAUUAUAAAGCAAUUUUGAGACUCGUAUAGUCAAGUUGCAUUACACAACACAUUCCCAGCAACAAUAAAUAUAUACUGCGACAUCACAUUUUUAUCUAAUUGUGAUUUAUGGUUGAUAUAUCAAUAGUUUUUAUACUAUUCAUAUUAUCAUCUUUUCAAUCAUCAGGUAAAGUUCGUACGAAAAUUUACACAGGCACAUAAAUCGCAACUUCUGUGAGCUAUAAGUACGCAUAUUUAGAUAUGGCAGCAACACAAGCAAAUCUUAAACUGCUUUCGCCAACUGCAAAUGUUUGCUCCUCAAACCUGUUGUCCAUAAAAGCCACAUCUGUAUCUUCAACAACAACUAUGAUGCCCGCGCCCGUAUCUACAAAUAUUAAUAUACUAUCUGCGCCUUCUAGAGCAUCUUCUCAGCUACCCUUCAAUAGCCUAGUUUCAGUAGAGCGGUCACAACAACAUGAUGCAGAUGAAGAUCAGCGAACAUUACAACUAGCUUGGGAAUUAUCAGUCGGUAGUGUAAAUGAAUUGGCCACAGAACGACCAUCGUUAAGUUCUUUUAACAACCGUAAAAAAUCCAAUAAUGCAAUUAAUCAACACGAACUAGCACACCAACAAAUAAUUGCAAACUCGCAACAUGAACAGCUGAAUCAAAAAGUUGAUAUUGUUACAAAUAAAAGUAUUCAGCCUACUGUUUCUGCUGUUGCCGCCAAUGGUUUUAGUCAAAUUAAUAUAAAUGGUUUAACAAGUAGAAAUAGUAGUACAUCAUUUAAUAAUAUUUCGAUGCCAACGCUACUAUUACCACCUACAAUAGACGAUCGUUCUAAGAGAUCCCAAAAUAUGACAGAAUGUGUGCCAGUGCCCAGCUCCGAACACGUUGCCGAAAUAGUAGGACGUCAAGGUUGUAAAAUCAAAGCUCUUCGCGCAAAGACGAAUACUUACAUAAAAACGCCAGUACGUGGUGAAGAACCAGUCUUUGUAGUUACUGGUCGUAAGGAAGACGUAGCGAAAGCCAAGCGAGAAAUAUUAUCUGCGGCAGAACAUUUUAGCUUAAUACGUGCUACACGCAAGCCAUUAAUCGACAACAGCUGUGAAAUAGUUAAUGAUAGUGUGGAUGGAAAUAAUUAUGGAUCAAAUGACUUUAGGAAGGUACCGCCCGGCCCACAGUCUAUACCAGGUCAGGUGACCAAACAGGUCAGAGUGCCCUAUCGAGUUGUUGGUUUAGUGGUAGGUCCCAAAGGCGCAACUAUUAAACAUAUUCAGCAUCAGACACAGACGUAUAUUGUUACACCAUCUCGUGAUAAAGAACCAAUAUUUGAAGUGACUGGUUUGCCUGACAACGUUGAAUCAGCUCGAAAACAAAUUGAAGCUCAUAUUGCUCUUCGCACUGGAACUUUAUCCACGUGUGGUGGGAAUAACAACAGUUCGGUUAUACUGUCAGGUUCGACAAAUGAUGUACUAGCCGUUCACAGCUUGAAUCUUUUAAGCCAAAUCCUAAAUGACCCCUCAAUAGAUUCCGAUUUACUUAUGUCUCUUUAUAAAGCCGAUCGCAUGCGAAAUACGCUUGAAUGCGAAGAAGAAAUAGGUUCUAAAGUGUCAGAAACGCCAUAUACAAAUAAAAUAAAUUUUAAUAUCAACUGCUUGGAAAAUAAUUCCAUAGAUAAACAGUCUUAUAUGAAACUUUUACAGGCUGAUAAUAUACAGUUCCAAAAUUUUAACUGGACACACCAAAUUCCUGAUUACAUAAAUUAUUCAACUAAUAAUGCUAAUUUGAAGAAAGCAAGUGAGUCUAGCAUCCUUACAAAUGUGGAUCAUCUUACUCAUCAAUCAUCUCUGCAAAAGCAGCACAACAUGUUUACACCGUCACAGUCUAUUUCUAGUGUAAACCAUCAGUUGCAACCUUCACAAAAGAAUCAGCCAAUGCUUUUUGGCAACCUUGGUUGUUAUAUACAAACAAUUAAUAUUGCAAACAAUUCUACUGCUUCAAAUAAUACGAGUACAAGUGGUUUGACUCAUAUUAAGUAUAGUAACUCGAAUACACAAAACACUAGUGUAUUGACUGGUAUGGCCCGGUCUUGUUCAUCGGCUUCAUCAACUGCGUCAUCCAAAAGUGCAAAUAACAGUGGUUGUGGUAGUAGCAGCCGACCAGAACUUAUUAAUAUUUGGAAAAGUUUAGGUGAUUCCCUUGAUAAGGAUGAAGGAAUCGGAGAUUCUCCAAAUAUUUGGACUUUACCUCCGCCAUUGGCAACAUUAACAGGGUCUCAUUGUUCCCCGUCAACAUCAAUAAGUCCGACUGAUUCACUUUUGGGCGAUAUUUCUACACAAACCCACCUUAACAACAUUGGAAUGAAUAACAUAAUAAACGAAUCACAUCACGAGACAGAUAAUAUUAAAAAUGUAUUACAGGAACCCCAAUUUAAAAGUAAGGAUGUAAUAGAACGUCCAGUUAACAAUUCGGCAAAUCAACGACGAGAUUGUUUGAUCUGUAAGAGUAAGAAAAUAACUGCUGUUUUGGUUCCAUGCGGUCACAAUAUGUUCUGUAUGGAAUGUGCCAAUUGCAUUUGCGAACUAGGGGAUGCAGUUUGUCCCGUUUGCAGUUUAAGCGUUUAUCAUGCUAUGCGUAUACUAGCAUAAGAAUGUACACGCAGAAAAACAGUAAGUAAGAAUAAUUAGAUUAAUUCAAAUAUUUAUUAAAAUUAUAUGUGACCUAUUAAAAUCUAUAAAUUAUUAAGAGCGAUUCCCUUUACGAAUCUCAAUAAAUUAUGUCAAUUGAUACAGUUAUGCAUUUAUGGUACAUAACCAAGUACGGCAUCGUACAUACAUAGGAAAAAUUAACUGUAAUUGAAUGACCCAAUAAAUAAUUUCCUACAUAAUAAUUAAUCUAUACAAAUUAUUAGACAUUUUAAUAAUAUACUAGAAUUUGUACGCGUUUGAAUAACGACACUUAAAAGUAUAUUUUUGUAUUUGAAAUUAUAUUUUUAUGUAAAGUAUAAGGCUCCUGUAUGUAUCAGUUAAUAGUAUUAUAUGAAAAAAUAAUAUACCCAUCAUGCAUGAACAAACACACAGUAAUCAAUAAAAAGUUACAAGUUUUGUAUGAGAAAUUAAGGUGCGAGGUCGAAAAUUUUGUCAAACAUAAUUGAGAAUCUCUUACACAUAAAUAAAUAAGAAAGUCGUAGACACUUAUCGUACAAUUUUAAGUCUAGUUGUAUUUAUGAUUUUACUUAUGUAGAAUAUGUAUAAAAAUAUAUAUCCAAAUAUAAAUUAACAAAACGA